AGAGAGAGAGAGAGAGAGAGAGAGAGAGAGAGAGAGAGAGAGAGAGAGAGAGAGAGAGAGAGAGAGAGAGAGAGAGAGAGAGAGAGAGAGAGAGAGAGAGAGAGAGAGAGAGAGAGAGAGAGAGAGAGAGAGAGAGAGAGAGAGAGAGAGAGAGAGAGAGAGAGAGAGAGAGAGAGAGAGAGAGAGAGAGAGAGAGAGAGAGAGAGAGAGAGAGAGAGAGAGAGAGAGAGAGAGAGAGAGAGAGAGAGAGAGAGAGAGAGAGAGAGAGAGAGAGAGAGAGAGAGAGAGAGAGAGAGAGAGAGAGAGAGAGAGAGAGAGAGAGAGAGAGAGAGAGAGAGAGAGAGAGAGAGAGAGAGAGAGAGAGAGAGAGAGAGAGAGAGAGAGAGAGAGAGAGAGAGAGAGAGAGAGAGAGAGAGAGAGAGAGAGAGAGAGAGAGAGAGAGAGAGAGAGAGAGAGAGAGAGAGAGAGAGAGAGAGAGAGAGAGAGAGAGAGAGAGAGAGAGAGAGAGAGAGAGAGAGAGAGAGAGAGAGAGAGAGAGAGAGAGAGAGAGAGAGAGAGAGAGAGAGAGAGAGAGAGAGAGAGACGUGACAAAUAGAGUUAGCCAAAAGUGUAAUGCACGGGAGAUGUCGAGUAGCGUAUGUCUGGUCACAUAUUGGUGACAAAGAGCUGAGUAUGCAAAGAUUCGAGGUCAAGAGUCAAGAGUCACCAGGACACAAGGUCUGGUCGUCACGGAAUGCAAAAUAUGAUAGUGGCUUUAAUGAAUAUAUCGAGUCACCGCCAGGGAGGACUGCAUCUGGCUACUCCCCUGCCGCCGCAAUGUUUCUGUAUUGCUACUGA